CCCCUGCAUUUCCCAGCGAGAAGCUUCAGACAGUUCAGUGUCAGGACUCUUCUCUUCCUCCUCUUAACGCUGGACGACGGCGACCUCGGCUUCCGCGCCGCCGCCGCCGCCGACGAGGAUGGCAUCCUCCGUGACUUUGCCAUUCUCGACGUCGCCGCCGACGAGAAUGGCAUCCUCCUUGUCGUGUUCGUCGCUUCUGCAUCGGCGGCUCUCGCUUCUCCGAGCUCCCUUUCGAUCGCCUCGGCCCGCAUUGCGAUCUCUUUCUCGCUGGCUCGCCGCGCUUCCGCCCACGCCUCCGCCGCCGCCGCCUUCAUCUCCGCCACCGCGCGGACCACCUCGGCGCGCCCCGUCAGGUACUCGUACUCGAACCUGGGGAUCGUGACGUUCCCGGACGACGAGCUCCGCGGCGUCGCGGCCGCGGCGGUGGCCAGCGUCGCGCUCUCGACGAUCGCCUUCAGCCUCGCCGUCGCCGCGGCCUCCGACGCCCUCGCCGCCCCGAGCUCCCUUACCGACUCCCUGAUCCUCUUCUCCGCGGCGGCGAUUUCGGCGUCGAUGUUCUCCGCGUCGGACAUGGCGCGCCGGUUCUCCGUAUCCGCCAGCGUCUUCUCCUUCUCCGCCGCCGCGGCGUCGUCCUCCAGCUGCCGAAGGAUCGCCGCCAGCUUGGAGAUGGUCUCGUCGGCCCUCUCGUCGGCCGCCGUGACGGCCUCGAGGCGAGACCUCGCCUUGAGCAGCUUGGCGUUCAGCUGCUGCACAUGCGCGCUCGCCGCCUUCUCCUGCUCCGUGAGGCGGCGGAUCUCGUCGGUGACACGCGCCGUCUCCCUGCGCGUGCGCUCGAUGGACGCCGUGAACCGGAGGCCCUCCGCCUUGAUGGACUCCAGCUCGAUCCUCGCCGAGCUCAGCUCCGCCUCCGCCGCCUGCAGCGAUGGCUCUUCGUGUUCCACCUCGUGUCCCCUCGACGCCAUUGCAGUGGCAUCCGUUGCUCGUACCACCGCCAGCUCGCUGUGCCAGGAUCCCGCGUCGGAGCUCGCCGUGGCCGCCGUGCCCACGGCGAGCUCGACUAGGACGCCGUGCUCCUCGCUUGCCCCGUCCGCAUCGCGCUCCACGCCACCGCCGCCGCGCGGGCCGGAGCUCACCGCGCUGGACGUAGACGCCUCCGCCUCCGCGUCCCUCCUCCCGGCCGUGCCCUUCGCCGCCAUCGCGGCCAUCACCUCGCGCUGCAGCUUGCGGAGCUCUCCCUUGACGCGGUCGAGCUCCUGCAUCACCUCGCCGUACGCCGUGCCGACGCCCUCUUGGCGAUGAGCCGGAGCGCCGCCGGCUGCCUCGGCGGCGAGGCCUCUCGCCGUCUUCCUCCUGCUGCCGCCGCCGCUCGCACGCGUUCGCUGCCUCUGGAGCUCUGACCUGCGAGACCUCGCCUUGGCAUUGGUCUGCUCGAUCUGGCGCUCCAGCUCCAUGGCCAUGUUCAUCGCCCUCGAUAGCUCGGAUUCUACUCGUGCUUGCUCCUGAUCCUCUGCAAUGGCCUUACGUCGAUGCAAUUUACGCCUGCUUGAUCCAAUCGAUUCUUCGAUUUCAGGAGACAAAUUCUGCAUUUUGAACAGAUAACUUUGAACUACAAAAUAGGAGUAGAACAGAAGGUUUCACCAAUCUGGGAAGGGGACGGAAAUUGCGAAAUUUGGGGAAUUUUGAACAGUAAUUUUGAAAUUUGAACCUUUUCUUUUACUGAUUUUGAGCAUAUUUGUGCUAAAUACGAACAAAUUUGAAAUUUUGGCUAGAAUCUCAUCCUACCGGGAAUGUCCGGGACCAACCGGUAGAACCUACAAUUUUGGCUAGAAUGGGCAGGAUAUUUCCUCCCCAUUCCUUAGAAAUUCCUAUGGAAUGGAUCAUUUUAGAGGAAAAUAAGCAUGAGGUCUCACCUUGUGUUUUCGUCUUCAUGAGUUUUUCCUGUGUGCUAAUUAAACAACAGUUUUGAAACUUUCGUGUAUUUCAAAAUCCCGUAGAAAUCCAAUGAGUAUGAUAGUCUAUUUCUACAUUUUUCCUAUUACUGUGUUUUUCUCAAUCUUGCAUUUCAAAGGGGCCCUUAGAUAUGCAUACAGGCAGUUCAAGGCUUCAAGUACAUGAUAAUAUGAUGUAAUUUUCGGUUUGAGAAAGGCAGGAAAAAAGAUGUGUUUGAGAAGGUACCUUGUGGGAAACUACUCUUCUUCUGCUCUUGCUUGGUCUUCUGACAUCAAUGCUCUGACCAAAGAUGUCCAUGGCGUUUCCCCCUGAUCCACUUCCUACUGAAUUCUCCUCCAUUGCACUCUCCUUCAUCAUGUAAAAUCUCUUGUAACCUGGAGGUGAUAUAUGCUCUAUUGGAGUUGGAGAGAAGCUGUAACUUUGGUCUAGUAUGUAAGUAACGGUGACAAGUGUGGCAUGGCAAUUCCAAGCCUUCCUGCUUGGAAAAAUUCAGAGAAGCUUCACUACAAUACAACCAGGAUGAUCUCACCAUAUCUUCUUCCUGUCACAACUUCCUUCCAGAAAGCAGUGCACUUGGGCCGGCUUCUGUGAUUGUCUCCAGCUCACGGUUUCUUGUUAAGUCAGCUGGCAGUGUAUGGUUUCAUGAAUGGUCUGUGUCUUUCUGGCAGUUUAAGUAUCUUAUUUGCAUUGUCAUUCCUUGACUAAUCAGGCUGACCUAUGCCCAUACCCAAUAAUGACAGCUGCAGUUUCACAUUGUUUUACAUUGUUUUAACUCAUAUCAGAAUUGAAAUGAUUUUUUUUGUGAGUAACCUUGAAAGGUUAUUAGGAAACUUACGCGUAUUUUUUUAAUGUGGAUGCUCUAAUUUUUCUAUGAGAAUUUCAGAAGAUGUGCUUAUUCUUCAAAAGGUUAAUCCCAAGCGAUUUGGCCUUAGCUUCGUGAGUCCAAGAGGAUGCAGUUCGACCCUCGAACACAUAUGCCCCCUUGGUAUCUUAUUCAGCACAUUGGAAUCAAUCUUCUUGUAGAAUUUCUUGAGGUCUUGACCACCUUUGGCAACCAAAUGGUCUACUUCAGUCUCAUAUCUUUCAUACAGCGCAGGCAAAGUGAGAGCACACAAAAACCCUGGUCAAGAAGACACAGUAAAUUGUUAAUGCAUAUGAAAAAUUUUAUUUUACAAGGAUGCCUGUUUGAUUUAUCAUUGCAUUUACUAAGCAGAUAUGAAAAUGUUGUUAUUUUACAUUCAUGAGUGCUUGAUAAGUCAUUGCAUUUACCAUGUUCUGUCCUAAUUAUUCUUGCCCUUGGUCAAAAAAAAAUGUUAUGUCCUAAUUUUGUUUUUGACUUGUUGAAAUUCAGUGUCCCAGCGAUACUUACCAACAUAUAGUAGAGUUGUGAAACUGCAUGUCUCUCCAAUAACUGCCAAUAUCCACAGAGAUCCUAUCACCUAUUUAUGUAACAACAAUGGAGUUAGUUAAUCACCAAAUUAAUUGCAACUGGAAAUUAACUUUUAAAUCCCAAUUCAUGGGGAUAUUUUUGUUGACUACAUAUUAAUAGUUUUUAGAUUGUGAAUUCAUUGCAAAUAUAUAUGAAACAUCGUUGCAACUGUUAUAGGUCUUGCUGUCACUAAAUCAGAAAAAAAAAAGAAACAGCAAAUUUUGAUUGUACCGCAAGGAACUUCCUGAGUUCUUUCCCGCAUGAAAUGUCAUACAGGACUGCUGAAAAGUGCGCCACUUUGGAAUGCAAUGUCAGUGCAAGUUCUCUGAAGGCAUGUUCAGAAACAAUCACUUCUGGGAUCCGUGGAGGUGCCCUGUAAAUCAAGGUUGGUUAGCUGAGAUGUUACUCAGAGACCAAAAGGAAAACAAAUAGGAUAUGGUAGUGCAAACCUGUCAAAGAGAGGUGCAGCAUUGGACCAAAUGAAGAGCACAAGCAUCCCAAGGAGUGCAAUGUGGCAAAGGAGUGUUACUAAGUUGUAUUCAGCCACAUCAAAUAGGAACCAUAUCAAUGUGGCGCCUGCAAGGAUCCCGGCCGAUAAAUUCCUGUCCCUCCAUAGCAUGAUGUCCGCAACUGCAAAAACCAACACAAUGCCAGUGAUCAUGAUCAGACUGAUUCUGAAAUUUGUGAAAUGUUGCUGAAAUAGAAUGUUCAACAUAGACAAACAACCACACCUUUCCGGCCACCCAGGAUCUUAUGAACUGGUUUCUGCCUAUGAAAAAGCCUUAUCACCGGUCGAUCAUCAUCAGAAUCACUCGAAACAUGAGGAACAUUCAUGUUGCCUGAGUUAUUAUUGUGGGAGAUUUGUGUUUGGCUACUAUGGUUAAUUGGUCAGGUUACAUGACUCUUGGCCUUAUAAGCCCUAGGAUACUAGCACAAAGCUGCCUAGUUUCUGAAGGAAAGGAUAGCUUUGUGCUGGGGUACAGAGGAACGAACAGAUACCAGGGCAAGAUUUGCUUCAAACAGAGGUUUACCAACAGCAAAGGAGAUUCUUUUCUAGAGCCUUGAAGCCAAGUUCUACUAGCAACAAACAAAAUUUUAUCACCAGUAGUAUAUUCAUUCUGAUUGCUGAACUUGAGCGUAUUUACCUAGACAGUUAUACUUUACAAAGAGAAGAGGUUCAUAUGCAUUUUGUAGGAUCGGAACAAAAAAAAAACUCGAAAGUGAUCAGUCUUCAACUGAACGAUUGAAGUUGUUGGUUUCAGGUUUCAGACUUUUUUUUUUGGGAUACGCGAGACGCGCUUUUUUUAUUAAGAGGAAUAAAUGUAUUUAUAGAACGGGCCUGAAAAAUAAAAAGAAAGGGACAGGGUACAAGAGAGGGGAAGAGAAAAGUAGAAGCCUAAUCUCCCGAAUAAUUUGGCGACCAAAGAACAAACGAAAGGACUGUCAUGGUCGGUAUGGUUCAGGUUUCAGACUGAACUUUGCUUUUCAUUCCUGAGGUUUUUUUUAGCAUUGGGACUAGAUGGUUCGCGAACAGGAGGAUCUGUCACAACAUUGCUUGACUUGGGUGCCCUGAAUGUGAUUCCUGGGUUGGGCAAGAGGAAGUGCCGUCGCCACUACUGAAAGGCUUCUCGCUUAAUGGAGUUCUGCAUUUGAUAUGUUUACCCUUUUGAACUUUCCAUGUGUUGGAAUAAUACAUUGGGCGUUAAUCAUCAUAUCGAAAUGGUGACGCUUUUUAGGCCUAUGAAUAUGUAGUCUCUGUAUACUUUAUGUGACGGCAUGUACUGUAUACAGUCAGUAAAACGGUGAUUUAAUUUUA